UUUUAUGGGGUUAUUACUGAAAUAUGGGAGCUAGACUACAAUCAUUUUAGGGUACCUAUAUUUAAGUGUGAUUAGGUAGAGAAUGAGAAGGGUGUUAGGGUAGAUGAGUUUGGUUUCACUUUAGUAAAUUUGAAUAGGAAGGGGCAUCAAAAUGACAGCUUUGUUUUGGGAAAAUAUGUGCAACAGAUUUUUUAUGCUCAAGACCCCAUAGAUCAUAGGUGGUCAAUUGUCUUGAGGGUCCUGAAAAGAGAUUACGUAGAUUCUGUUUUGAUGGAUGAGCUCGGGGACACUGUUAUUUCCCAUCAUGCUGGUGCAAGUACUGUGCCUGCUAUUCAGUCACUUGAUCACGUGACGGAUGAGGAACCGACGGUUUACCUGCGGGCAGGGGAGGAGGAUAUAUUCGUUGAUGGAGAAUAGAAGAUUUAUUUGUAUUGAUUUCGCUUGCCAUUGUUGUGAUGGUUUCAUAUAAAUCUGUUUAAGUGUGUAUUUGUAACUCAUUUGAAGCAAACUGAACUUCUACUGUUGUUAAUGCGUGUUAAUGGUUUGGUCUAAUAUUGCUCUAUUUGUGUACUUAGGAAGAUCGCUGAAUAUUGGCUUAUCAUUUAGCUAUAUGUUCUGUAUCUAAAUUUAACCUUCUACUUGAUGUUCUUUCUUUGACAUUUGUUCACUAAUGUGACUUGUAUUUGUAUAGAUAAUGGCGGCAUCACAAUCUGCAAGUGUAUCAAAGACGGCAAAGUUGAAGUCCAAGGGAUUGAAGCCUAAGAAGUGCUCAACGGAAGCAUCAGUUUCUGCUGGUUCUCAUUCAAAUAAGCAGAAGUCUAAAAGAAAAGAGCAUGAACCAACCAGGGGUCUAAAGCUGCUUAAGCGCCAUGCAGUGACUAUGUCAUGUAUUUCAAAGCGUAAGAGUGCAAGACAGAAGAAAACUGUUCUAUUUAACAUAAAAGGCGCUCCAUGUGGGAAGGUGGCUAAGGAGAUGCAGUCCUACAUUGGUGUAUUGGCUCGUAGGAAGGUACCGAUAAUAAGGUAAAACUGGAAAAAGGCAACUGACGAGGAGAAGAACAAAAUCUGGCAACGUGUUCAGGUUCCAUUUUUACUUGGUCCUGAAAAUAAGAAAAUGGUUUUGGAAUCUGUGGCAACAAAGUGGAGAGAAUUCAGGUCUCGACUCACUUCAAACUACAUUAUUCCAUUUUUGGAUGACCCCGAAGCCCUGCAAUAUCCCCCAGAUGAUUAUCCUUUCAUUCAAGCAGAUCAUUGGACUCUAUUUGUCCAACAGCGGCAUUCUUGGAAAAGUGUAAUGUUCAGCAAGAGAUUAGCUGAAGGAAUAAAUAUCCUCAUAGAAUGUCCCUUAAGGGAUAUGCUGGAUUGGAGGAAGACCCGGCUGAAGAAAUGGAUGAGGAAGAAAUUGAUAGGGCCACUUUAUGGGUCAGAGGACGACAAACCAAGGAUGGUCAUUUCAAGGAUGACAACACAAAAGAGACUGCUGAAAAAAUAGCAAGCUUGAAGAAAAAGGUUGCUGAUGGCGAACUGAGCACAUGCGGAACUACUGAUGUCUUGAUCUUAGCAUUGGGGACUCAUGAGCAUGGGGGUAGAGUGCAUGGAGUGUGUGGUUUCAUCAAUCCCAAUGCUUACUUCCACCUCCCUAAACAGAGAAAGGAGAGCCUAGAAGCAACUGUUAGAGUUAGUAUGCAGAAAAUACUAUCAGAGGAGAGAGAGAAGAUAGUAGAUGAGGCAAGGGAAAAGAUAAUUGAGGAGGUAAAGGAAAAAAUUAUUGCUGAAGAGCGUGCUUUUUGGUCUGCAAAAUUUGCAGAACUUGAGGCAAAGGUAAAUGGAAAAGAAAGAGAUGGGAACUGUACUAUUGCUCAUGGAUAUGUUUCUGGCCAAGGAAGCUGUUCACGCACAGCCGAUGACAUUGCUCAACAACAAGCAAAAAUUUCCUUGGAAGCUGAAGAAGGCAUGAAAUCUGUGGAAGGAACAAGAGUUUUGGAGGCUUUGGAAGUGAUUGAAAAAAAGGCUUUGCAUACAAAGAAGGGUUCCAACAAAGUGGUGAAGAAUGUACAUCCCACCUGCCCCAAAGUAGUUGUCAAUGUGGCAUUGCAUCCGAAUCUGGAUGAAACUGUGGAAGAAAAUGUUGUACCAAUUGAUAUAAAGGAUCCAGAGCAAGAGGAGGGGGCAUAAUAUGUGGAUUUGACAUUGCAUGAACACUUAAAAAAGACAAAAAAAGCUGAGAUUGACUGCAAGUUGGCAAUAGGUUCCAUUGACCACAUUGUUGCUUAUGCCACUGUCAUGAAGGGUGAUGAUCCUUCUAGUACAAUUCAUGGGCUCCACUGGGC